CCCCUUGCACCCCAAAUUGGUGUGCGAACGCCUCGGCCAGAGCCGCCUCUAGGAAGCUCUCCCGCCUUGGAGCUGGCCCGGGACCCCACGUAAUCCUGUGUGUGUUUAUGCGGAAGUGUUGGUGCCGCGGAACGCUGGAUGGAGCGAUCUCACUUCCUGGCUCCUUUGCGUCCUACUAUUGAUUCUUCGGAAGUAUUGCUGCACUGGCUUUGAAGUCACACUGGCGGGGUUUGCCAGUCCCUGGUUUGCCCCUUACUGACUUUGGAACUUAGGGCAAGUGAAUUAAAGUCUCCGAAGCCUAUGAGGUGGGAUAUUCACGCCGACCCUCACAAGGCUACUGCGAUUAUUUAAGAGAGCUUUGGAGAAAGCGUUUGCAGGAGAUAGAGGUUCACUUCUUCCCUUCUCCUUGAAAAGUGAAUACAUUUGGCGUCGCAGGGCUGAAGAGGAGGAUGCUACAGGGUUCUGAGUGGCGAAAAGGAGGAACAUAAAUUUAAGCUGAUCUGCCACCUCCCAUUGUAGCCUUCUUUGUUCUUAUCAGCUUCUCUUUUGAAGCCCUCUUGACCUUUGACCUCCUUGGCUCCGCCUCUCCAGGAAUGAUCACCAAGACCCAAAAAGCAGACCUGGGCCUUGGGCUACCAGAGAAGAAAAAGAAGAAGAAGAAGGUGGUCAAAGAACCAGAGACUCAAUACUCAGUUUUAAACAGGGACAAUUGUUUUGCCAAUGUUUCUCCUAUAAGAGCCACAUCCCCCUCUAAGAAUGUGGUCCAAGGGCAGACACCUGAGAUGCCUCUAGUGAAGAAAAAGAAAAAAAAGAAAGGCUAUAGCACCCCUUGUGAGGAACAGCUAGAACCUGAGACCACCUGUCAUGCCAGACAGACAGAGAAGUCACCUAGCCCCAGGAAGGAGGCGCUUGGCCACUCGGAAUUUCUCAGUGGGGAGAAGAAAAAGAGGAGGAAGUCCUCAUUACCUCCAACCAUGUCCCAUGGGUUGGGGGCAAAGACCUCUCCAGACCCCAGACAGAAUGAGGAGGCGGUGACCAGAGUUGGCAAGAAGCUCAAAAAACACAAGAAGGAAAAAAAGGCCCAGGACCCCACAGCCUUUUCAGUCCGGGACCCUUGGUUCUGCAGUGCUGGGGACGGGUACACCUGUUCGGUGGGGCGGGAGGGUAAGGAGCAGGCAGCCGCAGGGCAGAAACGGAAGCAGGGGAGUGCCAGGGAAUCAAGUGGGAAAGGGAAGAAGAAAAAAAAGGUCCACCAGGAGGGAGACUCUCUCCUAGGCCACUCCAAGAUGUCUGGGUCCACGGAGAGCAGUGGGAAAGGAAGUAGAAUGAAGCCAGUUAAAAUUGAUGCUCCAGAAUACAUCCCCUUAGGAGAUGGCCCCAAGGCACCAGCAAAGAAAAAAAUGAAAUCCAAGAAGAAGGUAGAGCAGCCAGUCCUGGAGGAGGUGGCUGUGAAAAGGAAGAAGAAGAAGAAGAGGAAGAAAGACAGCGGGGUAGCAGGAGACCCUUGGAAGGAGGAUCCAGACCCAGACCUAGAGGUGGUGUUGGAAAAGAAAGGGAACAUGGAUGAGGCACACAUUGACCAGGUGAGGCGAAAGGCCUUGCAAGAAGAGAUUGAUCGUGAGUCGGGCAAAACAGAAGCGUCUGAAACCAGGAAGUGGACGGGAACCCAGUUUGGCCAAUGGGAUACUGCUGGUUUUGAAAAUGAGGAACAGAAACUGAAAUUUCUCAAACUUAUGGGUGGCUUUAAAAAUCUGUCUCCUUCAUUCAACCGGCCCCCUAGCAUGGCUGGAAGGCCCAACAUGGCCCUCAACAAGAAGGCAGCGGACACUCUGCAGCAGAACCUGCAGCGGGACUACGAUCGGGCCAUGAGCUGGAAGUACAGCCGAGGAGCUGGCCUUGGUUUCUCUAAUGCCGCAGACAAAAUCUUUUAUAUCGACAGAAACGCUUCUAAAUCUAUCAGGUUUGAAGAUUAAAUUCUACUGUUUUGUCCUGCAAAACAGCCAAAAUUGCUUUUAUUCUUCAGUUAUACUGAUGAAAGCCAGGUGUCUCGAACUGGACACCUGUGAAGAUUAAGGACAACUAUCUUGGUGGGCUUAGAUGAGCUGGGGUGGGGUUGCUCAUGUUUCAGGAGCUGGGAGAACAUGUGAGUAGCUGAAACCUAACUUUUUUCUGUGUUAAGCAUUCCAUCCAUGUUGGAGACAUGCAUAUGUAUAUAUAACAAUAGCUAACAUUUGUUGGGUGUUUAGCACGUCAGGCACAUACUAAAGUGUUUUCUUUGCAUUAAUGUAUUUACUCUUCAUAAAUAUGAAAAGGGUGCUAUAAUUACCCCCAUCUUAUAGAUGAGGCAAGUGAGGUUCAGGGAUACAGUGAUAAAAUUGCCCAGGGUUGCCCAACCAGUAAGCGUAAAUUAUACUUUUGUACCCCCUGAGUUACUAUUUAUUAGAGGGACUGUCCCUUUAAGGGCUUUCAUCUCACCUGGAAUAUUUGGGGGGGAUUUUUAUUUGGGGCGCACUGGAGGACAAGGUCCUGUUGUACUGUCUAGGCAAGAGUGCAGUGGUGUGGUCAUAGCUCCCUUGAACUCCUUGGCUCAAGCAGUUCUCCCACCUUGGCCUCCUAAGUAAACUGGGACUACAGGUGCAUGCUACCACACCUGGCUAAUUAAAAUGUUUUUUCUUUUAGAAAUAGGGUCUCAACUAUGUGGCCCAGGUUGGUCUCAAACUCCUGUCCUCAAGAGAGCCUUCCGUCUUAUCUUCCCAAAGUGCUGGGAUUAUAGUUAUGAGCCACUAUCCCUAUUCCUUCUUGGGGAUUAAAAUUUUUUUGAGAGGAAACAGACUUUUUUUGAUAUGUCAGAAUCUCUUAUGGGAAGGGAAUUCAUGAUACAUAAUGAGUAGCAAGCUCAUUUUCCUUUCCCUCACCUUGGAAUAGCUUGUAGGAAAAGAGGUGUCUGAGUUGUCACCAAGUUAUGUGACCGAGCUUCCUCUGCUGCUGAGAAAGCUUACUUUUCCAGCUGCCCUCCUUUGAUCCUACGUGCUGAGCUUGGAUUUGAGCUUUCUGUGCCGCAACAAUUCUGACCAAGGCAUUUUAGAAAGUGGUUGGUUCUGCAAAUGAACCAAUAGCAAAUUCCCAGGGAUAUGUUUUAUUAGAGUCUCUUCAGUCACAAGGAGAAUCCAGGUGACAUAAGUGGCAGAGGUCAAGUAUAAGGUGGCACGGGCCCAUGGGGAUGAUAUAGGAAGUUGCCUUAUCAGCCAUGGGGACAGUGUUCACAAGCCUGGACUCCAUAGCAAUCCUCACAGAGCUUCAGGUACAAUAAUCCAAGUCACACUUGACCACCUGCUUUCCAUGCACCUCACUUUUUGCAUCCCCAAAUAUAGGUGGUUAAAUUUUCACAUCAUGUGGCCUGAAUGCACCUGCUACAGUCAUCCCAGUUGAGGCAGGCCUGAGCAGCCAGGAAAUCAGUACCAUGUGGCAGAAAGACCUGAUGUAGGGGAUUGAUUCAGCAGCCCUUCAAGGAAACAGUCUUUUCCUCUCUGCCUUGUCAUCUUCAGUGUUGGUUUCAUCAAGCUAGUAGAAGGAUGGCAGUAGGAAUUUCAGGCAGCAUAUCAAGAUCCUAGAAUACUCCAGAGCAGUGGUUCUCAACCUUCCUAAUGCCGCAGCCGUUUAAUACAAGCCCUGUGGGUCGUGACCCACAGGUUGAGAACCCCUGCUCUUGAGGAAGAAAAAUCUUUUUGUGGUUUAAAAGAACUUCUAGAAGCCUUUCAAGAGACCUUUCUUCAUGACUCGUUGUUUGUUCGUGGACCAGCCCCCUUCACGAGGAGGGAGAUUCCCUCAGGUCAGUCUGGAAGAGUAAGAGGUAGAUGCCUAGGAGCCGAGAGUGGUGUCCACUGCUGACCCACGGGGCAAAGAUGAGGAAGGCAUUUCUGUAGCUGGCCUUUUCUGGGCUUUGACUACAACCAGCAAGCAUCAGGGAGCACUAGUAAGGACCUGUUUAGGUCACUUCCCUUAGGACAAGAACUUGGUUUCCACGUUGAGAUACACAAUGGGAAAGGCCAUCUAAAAGCCCAGAAGGCAGGCUUCCUUCUUUGAGUUAGCUCUUUGUGGGCACCUGCUCCUUCGACAGAGGAACAAAUCUCUCCUGACCUUGAGAAACACUAUAGGAAUUCACUUGGUGUAAAAUGGAACCAACCAACUGUUCUGCUCUCGUUUUUGUCCUGCCAAGAUGUCACACACUACAGUUUGGACAUGCCCUAGGUCACCUCACCAGUGAAUGUGCUCAGCCAUCCUUCUGGUGGUUCUGGAGAGGACGAUUCAGUGUCUACUGCCUUGCCCCAUCCAAGCCUUGGUGACUGAUGGCUCUCAGUAGGAUGUGAUAGCCAGGCCUUUUACUUAGUGUAAGUCGUCUUUGUAGUAGAGCUUGACUUUCUGACUUGAUAUAUCACCAUUGGCUUAUGAGUUCCAUUUGCUUAGGAGAAGGUUUAUUGCUUUUCUAUGUAUAUAAGAACUUACUCUGUAACCAGAGAAGGUUGGGCAGCCAAGACUAGUGUCCUCACAAUGAACUUAACCUCGUCUUUCUGCUUUUUACUAGUGCAGACUACCAUCACUCAAAGGAGCAGGUCCCUGUCUGGGGACAGUUCAGUCUGGGGAGAGUUACUCUCUGUGCUCUCAUUCUUUGAAAAUUAACUAACACUGGCUUGAGUCUGCCCUGCCCCUUCUUUUCCUGUGUCAAACAUCCUCUCCAAACUGUUGUUUUCUAGUGUGCUUUUCAUGUUCUUUGUGUCUCGACUGUUGAACACAGCCUAUCAAUAAGGCAUUGGAACUUGGAAGAGAUAGUAGUGCAGGUCUGGUACAUAGCACAGAUAAGACCUUAGUUAAAGGCCAGGCAUGGUGGCUCACCCUGGUAAUUCCAGCACUCUGGGAGGCCAAGGCAGUGGAUUGCCUGAGCUCAGGAGUUGGGAGACCAGCCUGAGCAAGGGCAAGACCCCAUUUCUAAAACUAGGCAGGUGUGGUAGGCACCUGUAGUCCCAGCUACUUGGAAAGCUGAGGCAAGAGAAUCACUUGAGCCCAAGAGUGAGGUUGCUGUGAGCUAUGAUGUCAGAGCACUCUACCGAGGGUGACAAAAUAAGACUGUCUCCAAAAUAAAUAAGGAAGACCUUAGUUGAAUAUUUAAUAGUCCUCUUUUCUACCUUGGCUGUUUUUCCCUUAGCGAUUUCUUAGUGACUCUAGGGCAAGGCAAGAUCCUUUCCUACUUACAAUUGUUUCCUGCAAACAAUUGCCUUGUUUACACUUGUCUACAAAACUUCAUGCUUCUUACCAUUUUAUUCCUUGAAGUGAAUCCUGCCUGUCUUUGCUUAACCCACCAGGCCCUUCCUUGAGGCCACCUUUCCACACCCAGACUGGCCCAUCAAAAGUAUUUGCCAAGUAGACACAGUUGUCCUUUAAAAGAAGCUGUGUGCUCAGCUCUGGAAACUAUUAGAAUAUUCAGCUUUGUGGCAAACAGAAGCCCCCACCCCACCCAAAUAUCCUUGGGAGUUGUGACGUCGUUAGGUUACAGAGAAGGAAACACAGGUUGCAAAUCAACUAAUCUUAAAAUGAGAUUAUCCUGUGGAUUUUCUGGUUGGUCCCAAUGUCAUCACAAGGGUCCUAAAAUGCCGAAGCAAAAGUCAGUGUCAGAGAGACUUAAAGCUUUAACCACCCACUUGCUGGUUUUGAAGAUGGAGAGGAAAGAGCCACAAGCCAAGCAAUGUUUUUUGCUGGAAAAGGUCAGAAAACUCAUUGCCCUGAAGCCUCCAGAACAGAUUAUAGCCCUGCUGACACCUUAGUUUUAGCCCAGUGAAACCAGCUGGACUUCUGACCAACAGAACUGUCAGAUGAUAAAAUUGUGUUUUAAGCCACUAAGGUUGUGGUAGUCUGUUAAAGUAACAAUAGAAAACUAAUAUAGGUCUCAUGCAGAGGUUUUCCUCAUUUUUUACCAUACUUAAAAGUUCUUGGAUCUUUUAUUGCUCCAUCAUUCCUAACAAUAGUAGACUUCCUCCUAGGUAGACUGUGAUUUUCACGACUGGCUUAUUCAAUCAGUAAUGGGCUGAGGGAAACUGUACACAAGAACACAGAACAUAGAAAAUCUACGUCACUGCCUGGGCCAGGCGGUAGGAUUCAUAAGGUCAUUUGGUAUAAUAUGUACCCAACCUAAUGUGAAAGUCCAAUUUCAGGUUCAUGUAAGAGCAGUGAGAAAGAACUCACUGGCCCAGGCUUGGUAACUAUGCUGUCCAACAUGUGUAACCUCACAGUAGAAGUGACCUAAAGAGCAUAAUUUGUGCAUCUGUCAGUUGUUUUUCAUUUAAAUAGUGUCACAUGGUAAAAGUAGUAAAGUAAUUUUAAUGAAAAUUUUUUGAAAUAAAGACAAGAAUAUUUGAGU